UGAAUAUGCAAAGUGCCAAAAAUCUAAAGAGAAAAGUGAAUUCAAAUUAAAAUAAAAAAUAAAAUAAAAAUUCGAGAAUGGGAAGUGGAAGUAGAGUUCUGCUUUCACUCUUCUCAACACCAUCUCGAUCUUUCACUCAACUCAGAUUCAAAUCCGUUGCACUUUCACCUCACUCACCAGCUAGGGCUUUUCGCAUGGCCUCAUCUACACCGUCGUCAUCGGUUAGCACCACUCCUCCGCCUUCUUCUUCCACCGUUCACGGCGGAGCUCCUUCUGCCUCCUCCGCCAUUGAUUUCCUCUCUAUAUGUCACCACCUCAAGACAACAAAAAGAGCAGGAUGGGUGCGAAAAGACGUUGAGGAUCCGGAAUCUAUAGCGGAUCAUAUGUAUCGAAUGGGUUUGAUGGCUCUGAUUGCAGCAGAUAUCCCUGGCGUGGAUCGAAACAAGUGUGUAAAAAUGGCUAUUGUUCACGACAUUGCAGAAGCAAUUGUUGGGGACAUAACCCCGUCAGACGGAAUUUCAAAAGAAGAAAAAAGUCGAAGGGAGCAAGAAGCACUAGAUCAUAUGUGUAAAGUGCUUGGUGGUGGACCUAGAGCCAAGGAAAUAGCUGAGUUGUGGACAGAAUAUGAAGCAAAUUCCUCUCCAGAAGCCAAAUUUGUCAAGGAUCUUGACAAGGUGGAGAUGAUCCUUCAAGCCUUGGAAUAUGAAGAUGAACAGGGAAAGGAUUUGGUUGAAUUUUUCCAGUCAACUGCUGGGAAGUUCCAGACUGAAAUUGGCAAAGCUUGGGCGUCAGAGAUAGUAUCGAGAAGGAAGAAAAACUAAGACUUCUAGUCAUUCUCAUUCCCCUUAGUAGAAUAUGGCUCUCUAAAAGGUUUAGUGGUAUGAAAAACGCACUAUUGUGAUAACAGUGGAAAGCAGUGCGGGCCACCAUAAAUGGAGAAAUGUUAGCUGCGCAGGAAGCAGCAUGUAGUAGUCAAUUUCCUCGAGGAGUUACGAUCAUCUAACCGAAUAGCAAAUUUGUUCAUCAGGCCUCAAUUGAAAUAUUUCGGAUGAUUUUUAAUUUGAGGGACGAUUAUCAACUAUUUUACAUUUACAUUUUGGAUAUCCUUCACUAUUUUCUAGAUGAACUUCUACUCAUUUUUUCUGUUGGCAUUUG